ACUACACUUUUCAUUUAAGGUUUUAAAGCUACCCACAUACCCUCACCAUCCUCUCUUCAUCUUCUCCGAUCUUCUUGCUCUUCUGCAUUCAUCAUAACAAUUAAUGGCUGCUCAGCUUCUUCUUCUGCUCAUUUUCUCCAUGGUUGCUCACUCUAGUGGAACUUGGUGUGUGUGCAAGAAAGGUGGAAAUGAUAAGGUUCUACAGAUGGCAAUAGACUGGGCGUGUGGAAAUGGUGCGGACUGCACCCAAACGCACCAAGGUGGGAAAUGCUACAACCCAAACACUGUCAUUGACCACUGCAACUACGCUGUGAACAGCUAUUUUCAGGCCAAGGGUCAGGCUCCUGGCUCAUGUGAUUUCAAUGGUGCAGCCAUGGUUACCACCUCUGACCCCAGCGCUAAUGGGUGUACAUAUCCUUCUUCUGCCAGUGGAAUGACCAAUUCGCCAGGCAACACGAGAACACCGGGUUCCACCACUGUGACAGCGGGCAGCACCACCACUUCUCCCUAUGGCAACAACCCAUCCAACACCGGCGUGUUAGGAGGCGGUCUUGGCUCGGGAAUGGGUCCGGGAGCAGGUAUUAACACGGAUGUUAGCCACGGGUUCAUGAUAGAUCAAGAAACCACCACUUUUCGUUUCUUGGCUAUAAUGGGUUUAACACUUGUAAUGCUUUUGUGGGGUUGAUGAAUAUGUAAAGUAAGUAGUAAGGGUACAAGUGGGUAAUGCAUGUAUGUGGUUUAGAGGAUUGUCUAAGACAAGGUUAAGUUUUGGCUUUAUUUUACCCGUUGUCUAUAUUGGGACAUUAUUAAGGGUCUAUGUUCCUUUUUGGUGGUCACGACUCAUAUGAUAUCUACCACUUUCAACUAU